AUGCAGAAACUCUCCAAGACAGAUCCUGCCCUCAGCGUGCCCCAGGGCUCACUGAACAACUCGGCCGGCGAGUCGCAGCCGACUCCCAAUUCCUCUUUCCUGGUAGGUGUGACGGAAGACAAAAACAAAAAAUGCCGUCGCACUAUGGAGGACACUCAUGCAUAUCUCUACAACUUCCUUGGCACUCCUGCCCCUGUACUGGCCUCGGCCGAUAGCUCCCUCUCGAAAAAGAGCUCGCGGGAAGACAAGAACAGCCUGACCACGAUCCCUUCAGAUUCUGGGCAGCAUGUCGUCGAGACAGAUAAUGGGUAUUUUGCCAUCUUUGAUGGACACGCAGGUACCUUUGCUGCAGAAUGGUGUGGAAAGAAGCUGCAUGUCCUCCUGGAAGAUCUAAUGCGCAAAUACCCGAAUACGCCGGUACCGGAACUGCUCGAUCAAACAUACACCUCCGCUGACAACCAGCUGGAGAAAUUGCCGCUCAAGAACAGUGGGUGCACUGCCAUUACUGCCGUCUUGAGGUGGGAAGACCGAGUGCCUACCAACCACUCCGCUACAGGGUCGCAAGCCAUUGCAUCCCUGGCAGCAGCGGCUGCUAAGGAAGCAGAAAAGAACGAGAAGAGUAGCGAAGUGUCAAAGGAUGCCAAAGACUCGACUCCUCGAUCAAACUCCACGGCUGAGGCGGCGGCCGCAGCUAUCCAAGAAGCCAAGCAGAAAGCCACCCGGCAAAGAGUGCUAUACACCGCUAAUGUUGGUGAUGCUCGCAUCGUGCUAUGUCGGAAUGGAAAGGCUCUCCGCCUGUCAUAUGACCACAAAGGUAUGGAUGAAAAUGAGGGGCGAAGGAUAUCAAAAGCUGGUGGUUUGAUCUUGAACAACCGAGUGAAUGGGGUGUUGGCUGUGACACGAGCGUUGGGCGACUCGUAUCUAAAAGACCUGGUCACUGGGCAUCCCUAUACGACUGAGACGGUGAUUCAACCUGAUCAAGAUGAGUUCUUGAUCCUGGCCUGUGAUGGGCUAUGGGAUGUCUGCUCAGAUCAGGAGGCAGUCGACCUCAUUCGCAAUAUCCAGGAUCCGCAAGCCGCCUCCAAGAUCCUCGUCGAUCACGCCUUGGCGCGUUUCUCCACGGACAAUCUAUCAGUCAUGGUUGUUCGCUUCGAUCCGCAGAAGCUGCAAACGAACACGAAGAUGGACAUUGGAGUCGAAACAGAUGCCAACAAAGACAAACUAGCUAUCAGUGAAGUGGAAAUGAUUGUUGGCGAAGCCCGACGAAAUUCUGGCAUUGCGCAGGAAGGCGUUGUUUCGGAUCAGGACUCGGAAGAGCUGAUGCAAACAGUGAUCAAGGAACAGGAAAACGAGGACCAGGAAGCGGGCCCCGAAUAUACGCCAGAGGGCAGACCCGAAGCCGAGAGGAUAUUGUCCGAAAAGAAGACAGAGCAAGUACAGAACGGAAGCUGA